AUGAGUGGCAUCCACCUGAUCCCUGUACCGGAACAAAGGCGGCGUCCGUCCUUGUCUCCAGGCGGUGGCGACCACCUACUUGAUGUCGGCCCGUCCUCCUCCAUGUCGUCGUCUUCGCUGCAUCAAGGAUCACGUUCGCCACCCCCGUCACCGUCACCCUCCCUCGCUCCCUCACCCAUAAUUCCUCAAACCUCCUUCGGCGCCCCCUGCUCGUCCGAACACGGCCGUCACCGUUCCUCACUCGAUGGAUUCACAAGCCCCAACAUCGCCGCACCGGCCAAACGUCUCUCCAAGAUGAUCUUUGCCGACCCCAUCCCAGAAGACCAUCAUGCCGAUCUACGCUACGGUGAAACGCAUUGGUCAGGCUUGCCUUCGCCUUCACCUUCGAGAACGAGUUUCUUGGAUCCUUCGUCUGCAGCUGCCGGCCCCAGCGAGGUGGCCGCGUUCGGGCUAGGGGUUUCGACAUUGGCACCGCCACCGAUCGAUCCCAACACUUACUCGAACAUGAUUCCCGACCUUUCCUCUCGAACGGAGAGUGUUAUCGAAUUCAAUGUCGAACCUCCGGCGAAGGAGUAUGCUUCCAAAGCGGUGUCCGGUGCUGCGGCGUCCAGCGACGGCGAAUCAGAGUUCUCGCAUCACCAAUCGCUCGAGGACACGCCGCUUGAAUCCACUCUCCCUCGAACGACUUACGUCCCACGGAGUACUCAACGAGCCCCAUCCUUGACUACCCGAGUCACGGACGCUUUGAUUGGGUGGAUCUCGAGCCCUUCCUCUUCUCCCUCGGGAUCGUUGUCUUCUGGAUCCGACAUUUCCUACGAUUCACCCAUCUCGACCGCUGCUUCGACGCCUCCUCGCUUCCGCUACCAUGUCUUUCCCAUCUCACCUUCGUUGCUACGACCUCACCCUCGUCACAUCCAUGGCGCAACUUCGUUGGUAACCAAGUCAACCCGAUCGUCCAAGAAAUGGAUGCUGUUGGUUUGCGCCGCGCUCAGUGUACUCCUCUUCUACCAUCGAACAACGCUCAGCCAAGAGCUCGAGCAUUUCGAGUCUCUGUCCAGGACGGAACUUCAGGCAGCAACGGCUGUUCCAAAAUCACGCCCAUCUCGAUUGGGCCCACUCAAGUCGAGGCUUCGCAAAGCCGCUCACGAUCGUUUCAGGAAAGCGCCUUCUUAUCGAACUAGCGCGUCUCAACUCUCGGCCAGUGACGAGAAACGCAUCGAGGCAGGCGAGUACGAUCGCAUCCUCGCGCUGAACCAACCCCCUCGACGAAGGAUCUUCGGCCCCGACGACUCGGGCCUGAAUGCCAACAUUGGUGACACCAAACGGGGUCGAUUACCCACCGUCGCCGAUCUUCGACGCCAAUUCAACACCGACAAACAAGCCUACAUGGCCCAACGCAAAGGAUGGCACGAGUUCGAAUGGAGGGCACCCCACGUCGACGCGAGUUUGCGGCGCUCCGAAGCGACCUUGACGGACGACGAGUUUGAAUUGAAGCGAUGGAUCCGUCGUUUGCAUCGAGGGAUCACAGCGACGUCGGUGGGAUUGGCGAGGAAUGCGUCGCAGGAACCUUUACCGCUUGAAUCGGUCGAGUAUGUACCGGAGCUGGGGGCGAUGCCUUAUCUUUCGAGGGCUUCGGGGUCGAUCAAGAAGUGGGAGUCGUUGGAGUUUCAGGCCAUGUCGCCUGGGGAUGGGGGGAUGUGCGCUGGAUCGAUUUGGAUGGACGAGUACGCUUACAUGCAUCGAGAGGUGAGUCAGUGGUGGUGUCGAGGCAAGGCUCGAGAGGAGUCUGUCGCUGACGUUGGAUGGUGCCUCCUUCGGCCAGAUCCUCAACGGUGACCGAGAACCUCGUUUCGUCUCAUACCACUGCGAAACGGGCAUGAACUGCGGUGGCGCAGCAGAUCGGAUCCUCGGUCUCACCUCGACCUUCCUUUUCGGCCUUGUGACAAACCGAGCCUUCCUAGCCGAAUGGCAAUCGCCGAUCCCCCUCGAAGUCAUCUUUGAUUCCCCCCGCAUCGACUGGUCCCAUUCCUCGUUCAAUGUCGAUUCCCACCCCGUGCUAGGUGAUCUCGAUCUGGCGUCCAGGGCGAAGGAACUGGAUAUCGUCAACUUUGAUCGAUUGGCUAUGGACACGACGUUCAGGUCCACGGUGUGGAACUGGCAAGAGGACAGACACAGCAAGACUUUGAAACCUGGGUUUGAGCAGCGUGAUUUAGCGUUGCAGAGCCCCUGGGUCAAAGUGAGCGCCAGAGCAAUCUUUGCGUUGCCUCAUUUCUGAGCUCAAAUAACUCACAAGAAGCCUAUUUCCCUCGAUACAGAUGUACACGAACCGAGGCAUGAUCUCGCGCUCGUUCCAUUACCCGACUCUUCAGCCCCGUCUGCAACAACUCGGCUUGCACCCCUUGACAGCCUUCUCCUGCAUCUCAAACUACCUCUUCAAACCCAAACCGGCGGCCCUUGACCUUAUCACCUCCUAUACGAGUCUGAUGGAGUUGCCGACUGUCUUCAGUGUUGGGAUUCAGAUCCGAACGGGGGAUGAGAGUAUGAGGAACCCGGAGCAUGACCAGAGCAAUACUGGUGAGUUCUCAACUGUGCCUCAAAACCCGUAAAGCAGCUCAUCUAAUCCCCUUCAUUUCCCUUCUCUUCCCCUCAGUCGCCCGUCACUCUGACUAUUUCCGUUGCGCCCGUGAGCUCGCCACGACCUAUUCCCUCCCUACCCAACGCAUCCUCUACUACCUCGUCACCGAUUCGGCGCACCUCAAAACCGACGCCAAGCGCGUACUAGGUGAAGCCCUCGUCCUGACGGACAUGAAGCCUCAUCGUGACCAUCUUGCAAGUUCGCAUCACGCUGUCGAUGGUGUGAUGGGCGCGGUGGUGGAGAAUUGGAUUUUGGGCAAGACGGAUAUGAGGGUCACAACGCAGGAUAGUGCCUUCGUACGUGUUCUUCUAUAUGAUUGUCUCCGGCAUGCAGAUCCGAACUCAAACUGACUUCUGCCUUCUUCCUCGGUCACUCUCAGGGCAAAUUGGCCGCAUUCGCCAGCGGCAACAACCAUUCGACGGUGACGUUACUCCCUAGGAACCAUCCGGGAAGAAAGAUCAAAGCCAAGAAAGGAGGCAGGGGGAAUCUCGAUUGCACCAAGGCUGGUGCCCUCGUGGGCUUUGAUGAGUUGUCCUCGACGGGUAGUUUGGGUUAG